UUUUGUGUAAUCCGAACACCCAAACACCCCCACAAAAGAAAGUUCCAAACAUCUAUACUCGCUCUCACCCACUCACUAGCCAGAAUUUUGCAGAGAUGAGCGAAGAGGGGAAGAGAUCUCCGGCCACUGGUACCUUUCCGGCUAAGCCGCCGUAUACGGCGGAUGAUCGGAAAACCCCCGCAUCUUCGUUAUCGACCUCUUCUUCCAGCAGCAGGAAAGUCGUCAUCAAGAGUGCCGAUAUGAAGGAAGAAAUGCAAAACGAAGCCGUGAAUAUCGCCAUUUCCGCGUUUGAGAAUUGCAGUGUGGAGAAGGAUGUCGCGGAACAGAUAAAGAAGGAAUUUGAUAAGAAUCAUGGUCCUACUUGGCACUGUAUCGUCGGCAAAAACUUCGGUUCUUAUGUGACUCAUGAGACGAAUCAUUUUGUUUAUUUCUAUUUGGAAUCGAAAGCAGUGUUGCUGUUCAAAUCUGGUUAGCAUGCUUUAAUGGUGGUGGUGAUGACUGGUGGUGCUUCUUGGACAUGUAUGUACUCGAAAAACCAAUAGAAUUUGAAUAUGCUUGUGGUGUUUGUAUAUUAGUGUGGACUUAUUAUUGUGUUUGAGUGCUUUUAUAAUACAUUUGAUUGUCUCCUA